CGUGUAACCGUAUUGACGAAUAACAAAUUAAUAUCCAAAAUGAGAUGAGAACAAAUGAAACUGACCAAUUAAAAUCACAUUCUUUUCAAAGCUCAUCUGAAGAAUAGAUAAUUUUCUUAUAAAUGUUACCUCGUUAUCUUAAAGUUGUUAUUAUUUGUUAUCGCAGAAUUUCGCAGUUAUAUUUGUAAAAUAUAAGUAUAAUUAUAAAUAUUUAUUCACAUAUUGAAAAUUGAUUUCGACAAACACUAGAGUCUUACCUCUGUGAGAGAUCAUUUUGAUAUAGUUGAUAUUUUUUGAUUGUCACUAGCAAGUGGAUUAAAUAAUUCUUUCAGUCACAUCAAAACUUUGCACAUUUGUUACUUUAGUGAUAUAAAUGUAAAUGUAGAUGUUUUGGAGAGUUAAAAAUGGAAAAUAAUCCUUGGGAUACAUUAUCUACAGUAACUAAAUUUGACGGAGGUAAUAACACAAGGACUACAAUACGCGUGGAUAAUGAUAACAGUCAGAUCAAAGGACAAGUUGUGAGCAUAGUUACACCUUCUGUCAGUCUUUUAAUUGAAUCUCUUAUACAACAACUUUGUACAUUGUUUGAAAAUGAUCCAGUUCGCAGAAAUAAACUAUAUUUUGCUAUCUGUGAUAGACUUCAUGAACUGAAAUUAAUUGACGAUUCAUAUAAUAUGAUGGAAUUUGAAUCAUUAAGGGGACAAUAUCAAUAUGCAUUAUAUCAUUUGGUUACAGUUGCACGUGCAGCAACUGGUUGUGAAAAUGCAUUACGAAUUCCUAAUUCAUUAACUAUGGAAUGGUCUCGAUACCAUAGAGAAUUUAAGGAAAUAAGUUUUAUUGCUUCUGGUGGAUUUGGUCAUGUAUUUAAAGCUUUACAUCGUCUGGAUGGUAUUGAGUAUGCAGUUAAAAAGAUAGUAGUACGAUCUGGUCGAGUUAACAGUAUUAUGCAGCACCUUGAAGAAGUAAAGACUCUUGCCAAGUUGAAUCAUACUAAUAUAGUUUCUUACAAAGGUGCAUGGAUAGAGCCAACACUACCAAAAAUUUGUACUACUUUCAUACCGAGUUUGCCAUCUUCUAGAGAUUCUCAAAAUAAACUAAAUUUCUUAGAUCAUAACAAUUAUAGACAUAAAUUGUAUGCAAAUCAAAGUAUUGGCAUACAAAAUCAAUCAAAUUACAGCAGUAGUGAUAGCAGUCAGAAUUCUAAAGAAAAUGUUGAACAAGAUGUGCUAUUACAGAAUAGUACCAAAAAAAAUACGAAAUCUGGUAUGUAUACCCAUACCAAAAGUUUAGAGAAAGAAGCGAUAAAUAUGAGGGUACAAAAUUCUAUCACUAGUUAUGAUAUUAUUAACAAAAGAUUUCAUGAAUUAAACACUUCAAUUAAUACAAUAGGACCACGAAUAAUCGACGAAAAUAUUACUGAUGGAAGUAUUGAAAGAAAUACAUCGCAUAGUAUUUCUUUUAGAAGUGAUAGCAAAAAUGUAAAUAACAAAGUAGAAAAUAACAUGAACUAUACAGAUGGUAGCGAUUCAUAUGAAGAAUCUAAUAACAACAACAAACUUUGUCCAUACAUACCUCAAAUGGAACAGUAUGCAACAUUGUAUAUUCAAAUGGCGCUUUGUGAAAAGACACUUCAACAAUGGUUAAAGGAAAGAAGUGAGCUUACUUCGCAAACAAUGAUUAUUGCAGUAUUAACACAAAUUCUUUAUGGCCUGGAUUACAUACACGUCCGCGGCAUUGUACACCACGAUAUAAAGCCAAGCAAUAUAUUCAUUUCCAUGUCUGGUAAUAUUCACAUACAGUUGGGUGAUUUUGGACUAGCUUGUCCAUUGAAAAGAGAAAAUCAUCAUUCCAUUCUUGGCACACAUAUGUAUGCUGCACCAGAACAAUUGGAAGGAAAAUGUGAUCCUAAAAGCGAUGUAUACAGUUUAGGAAUAGUACUUUUGGAAUUACUAGUACAUACAAAAACUGAUAUGGAACGAGUUGAAAUAAUUAAUAGUUUAAAAAGGGGUCACAUACCUACAACACUAACUGCUAAUUAUCCUAAAUGGGCACAUAUAGUAAGCCAAUUAGUACAAGCAGAUCCUGAGAAACGACCAUCGACGAGUCAGUUAUUACAAGAUCUGAACGAGGACAAGGAUAUAACAAUAGCGCAAUUAAAGAGCGUAAUCGUGAAAAAAGACAACACAAUACAAGCGUUACAAGAUAGAAUAUUAAUGUUAGAGACACAAAUUAGCAAAUAUAAAAUAACAACAGAUGAUAUGUAAGAUUUUAAAUUAAUUGGAUUAAAAUGAGUCAAGUUUUUAGAUAAGUACAGCGUUACCUUUUUAUAAUAAAUUGUAAAGAUUUUGCAACAUAAAUUUUCAAUUCUAUAAAUUCACUAAAAGAUUAGAGCUACUAUAAAAUAAACAUUAAUUUCUUUUGUAUUAGUAAUAGAAUUAUAUAUUUGUUAAGUACGAUUAUAACUUAAAAUGCUUUUAUUGUUG